UUGUCGCAUUCGCCAUUUUGACGAUUGUGUAAGAAAUAUAUCUAAAGAAUAUUAAUUUAGUUAUCCGGAGACAUCCGUCCUUAUUUAUAUCAUAAGAAGUUUAAUUUGAUUUCUGUGUUUUUUACCCAUCUGGACGGACCAAGAAAUAGGGUUCGUUCCACGGGUGGCUGUUUUCUAAAUGGUUGCCUGCAGACAGCAUGUCUACUCUGUCGGGGAUUGCAUCGAAGGGGGAGAAAGGAAAGUCAAAGUAUCAGUCGCUAGACAUAAAUAACUUGUACCGGGUGAGCAGGGGCGAGUCUUUGGAACCACACCAGCAGAAAAAUGCUCUCCCACGAAAAGUUGGCAUGCAAAGCCUGGGCAAACUGCCCUCAGCCCGCCGCCCUCCAGCUAACCUUCCAAGUUUGAAAUCUGAGCACAGCGGAAACGAUCCAGCAGUAAGUCUAGUACCCAGUGGUGGUUCAGGAUGGGGUGCGAGCAAACUUGGAGAUGCAACCUCCGCAUCAGGGACAUCAGCAGCGGCGCCAUCAAAUGCUGCAGCAACUCCUUCAACACCCCAAACAGCAACAACAAACCUAUCUCCUGCUACUCCCCCUGCUUCAAGUGCAGCUCCAAACGCAGCUAUUCCACCUGCAGCUGCACAGUUACAUCAGCAACAACACCACUACAGCAGCAGUUCCGGAGACAAAUCAUGGAGCAGUAUAAUGGUUGGAGGUGGGGGCAACGACCCUGCCAAUGUUGCGGCACCAUCAUUCUUAGCACACCAGUCACCACUAUUUCAACAGGAGUUCCCCUCAUUGUCAAGUGGAGAUGGACAGGGUCCUGCUGCUGGGCAGAAAGGUGGAUCAGGAGGACCAGGCUCAGAAACACAGUACGGUCCUGGGCCAAGCCUUCGUCCUCAAAGCGGAGAUCUCGCUGGAGGUCGGAGCAACUUGGGCCAGUUGGGUCCCCAGGGUGUGGGCAUGGGCCCGGCAGGCCAAGCAAACGGCCCUGGACCAAACCCUGGAUCGGGCCCUCUGGGGGGCCAGGGGGGACCUAUGGGAGCGUUUAGAGGUGUGAUGCCCCCAUUCAUGUACAGAGGCGGUUUCCCAGGCCCCUUCCCCGCCAACUUCCAAGGCCCUCGUCCCCGCUUUCCCUAUGAACAGGGCGGGAGGUUCCCUCCACCGCGGCCUCAGCAGUCUGACCAGCAUGGCAGAGACAGAGGUAGAGGAGGAGCAGGUGGUGCGGGAGGCGCGGCCGGCAGGGGAGAGGGAGAAGGCGAAGACGACGCUCUUCUCCCUCGGCCCAUCAUUAAGGAGGAGGACCUUAACCGUAUGGAUGACAUUGGUCGUGAAGCCGGCUGGGCUAUUAGUGAUGAUAUAGAUUACAACCUAAAGUUGACAUUCAGUGAUGAUGAAUCCGAUGACAAGAAAAAGGACAAAAAGGACAAGAAGGACCCACGUGACAUGAGAGGUGGACGAGAUGACCGUGACCGCGCCAACGAGAGGGACAGAGACCGGGACAGGGACCCCAAUAAGAACGACAGAGAGGACCAUCCAAGGGGGGACCGCCGAGGUGACAAGCGUUGGCAAGGUGGCCGACCGCCUCACGCUGACUUCCGCUCGCCGCCGCACUCGGCUCCUUUGGGUGGGCCCAAUGCGAGGGCAGCCCCUCAUGGCGGCCGCGUCGUGGAGGAGGAGGAGCUGUGGUCAGAGCAGCGCCGCAAGCAGAACGAGCAGAUGGCCGCCAUUGUGGAGCGCGCCAAGCAGCGGAAGGAGGAGGAGGAGAAGCGCUACGAGGAGCGCCAGGCAAAGGCCAAGAAGAAGCUGGCCGAGCUGGACGCCCGCAAGGCCAAGGAGGCCGGCAUUGAGGUCGACUCCGCCGCCCCAGACGCGGAGGACAAGCCCAUGAGCAUGGCCCGCGAGGCCGUCGACUUCCACCAGCUCACCAAGAUCGAGAGGCCCUCGUUCGUGCGCGAACGCGAGCGCGAACAACGGGAGCGCGAACGGGUGAGGGAGCUGGAGCGGGAGCGUGAACGCGAGCGAGAACGCGAGCGCGACCGAGAACGGGAUCGGGACAGGGAGCGCGAGCGCGACCGGGAGCGUGACCGUGGCGACCGCGGCGACCGCGGCGAGCGUGGUGACCGCGAGCGCGAGCGUGAGCGGGAAAUGCGGUCGGAGCGGGACCGAGACCGCGACCGCGACAUGCGGGGCGAGAGAAUGACGGCUCAGACGCACCCCGAGUCGGGCCCCCCCUUCUCCAGGCACUUCCAGAGCAACCUGCCCCCUCGCUUCCAGAAGCAGCAGGCUGAGCGGCACGGAGGCAACUUCGCCGCCGCCCCCGCGCCCUCUAACGCCUCCAACCAGGCGUUCGAACAGCGCUGGGCCAUCCCCACCACUGGCGCCGCCCCCGUCUACGCAGCCGGCAAAGGGCCCCAGGGUCGGCGCAGUCGGCCGGAGGACCCCGUCAGUGACCGAGACAGGGAGAGGGACCGCGAGCGGGAGCCCCUUGACGACAGGCCGCCCAGCCGUGGACCUCGGGACCGGGACAGGAGAGAUAGGACCACUCCGGACACCAGUGAUAGGUACCGCCCUGCCCGCGAUCGAGACUAUCGUGAGGCUGGCGGUCACGGCCCCGGGCCUCUGGCAGGACGUAAGGGUUACUAUGAUAGCCCGGAGUACGGGCCUAGCCGCUAUGGGCGCGAAGGCCGCGCCGAGUAUGACAGAAAGGACCGAGAAGAGUGGGAUAGACACCAUGAUGACCGCAGGAGUGAUUCCAAGAAAGAUUACAAGACUCAUGAGGACUUCGACGAGCGGGACCUGAACCGCCAGGACAGCAGCGGCAAUGAGUGGCGGGACAAGGACCGCCGCGACAGGCGCGACUCCCGAGAGUGUGACGUGCGUGACGGCCGUGACGCUCGCGACAUGCGUGACCUGAUGGAGCGGGACCGCUUCCGGGAGCGUGACCUGCGUGACCUGCACGGCCGUGACCCGCGGGACGCCCGCGACGUGCGCGACCGCGACGUCCGGGACCGUGACCCCAGAGAUCAGCGGGACAGCCGGGAGCGCGACCCCAGGGACCAGCGGGACCAGCGUGACAUGCGGGACCGUGACAUGCCGCGGCGGGGCGGUCGCGACGACCCGAGGGACAACAGGGACCGCCUGAGCGACCGGGACCGCGACCGGCUGAGUGAGAGGGACCGGGAGAUGUUCCGGGACGACCGCCCCCAGCGCCCCGACAGCAGGGACAGUCGCGACAGCCGCGCCUCCAGGGAGUCCCGCAACUCCAGGGACUCCGCCCGCGGCCCCGACGACGCCAAGGUGGAGACGUCGGCCAACUGGGCCGAGGCGUCGUUCGACCCGCACUACGAGAAGGACAAGAAGCACCGCGACUUCUACCGCGACCGUCGCGACGGGCCUGUGGGUGACAAGGGUGACCGCAAGGCCGACCAACCCGAGUGGAGGUCGCCACCCAAGAGCAUCGUGGACUCGGUGAUCGCCGAGAAGGACGUCGGCAGCAAGGCGUGGGCCGACCAGGCUGCAGCUGGCCCCGUCGACCCACUGUCCGCCGACAAGGAUUCCGCCCCUGGAGACAAGUCCAAGGACCUGAAGGAGGUGGACAGGAUCACAAGCCUGCUUGGCGACAAGCUGGACAUCAACGAUGUGCAUGGGGACAUUAACGAUGACAAGUUGAGAGACGACGACAAGGGCGAUGAUGGCAAGUCAAAGGGCGGCCGACGAAGCGGUCGUGGAGGCCGUUCUGGAGAGCAGCCUCGUGGUGGCGGCGGAGGCGGUGGUGGUGGUGGAGGUGCUGGCGGCGGACAGGGACCUGGCUCUCGCCGCGCGGGCCGCGCCUACGGCGGACGGCGCUCUGGCCGCGGCCGCGGUGGUGACUACGAAGGCAGCGUGUCCGAGGCCUCUGGUGACGAGAUCUCCGUCUCCACCGAGUCUGGCAAGGAGGACCUCCGCACUGGCGAGGCCGGCAAACGCGGAGACGGCCGCCGCGGUCCGAGGUCGCCCAAAUCCGGAAGGCGCCGGAAGGACGAUGACAAGAAGGGCAAGGAGGGUGACAAGGACUAUGACGGCAUGCCGCGCGGCGGUGCCGGCCCCAAGGAUCCUCUCCAGGGCCUUGGUCCUCGCGACGGUGCCAAGGACCUCUCCAAGGACAUGGCGCGCGACGGCCUCCUGCCGCCCAGGGAGGCGCAGCAUCAGCGCGAGCCCCAGGGCAUCAAGGAGGGCUUCGCGCCGCGAGGGGAGCCAUCGCGUCGAGGCCGCGGCGGCAUGGCUGCCGUUUCGUCGCGUGGUGGCGCCAUGGGUCCUCCCGGCCCGCUGGGCCGCCGCAUGGACGGGUACGGCCCACCGCCAUCCAAGAGCCCCUUCGGCCAGGCGUCCGCCCAGCAGGACAAGGACAAGGACGGCCACCCCAUGGAGGGCCUGGGCCUCGACGACAUGAAGGCUCCUUCUUUGGGCGCGGGUGUCAUCGGCAGCGGUCUUAGGAACUCUGGUCCCCCCGGUGUCAACACUGGGCCCAACAAGUCCGGUGGCCCGCACGGCCCUCCCGGUCAGGGUCCUCCCGGCCAGCCCGGGGCGCCGCGCGGCGGCGGUGGCGGCGGCCGCAAGGAGGGCGAGAAGAGGGAGCGCGACAGGCGCAGGGACCGUGACCGUCGCGGCAACAAGGGCAACGCCGCCGACGGGCCGGGCGAGGAGUACGACAGCGUGUCCGAGAUGAGUGAGAACGACGACCUCGUGCGCAACGGCGGCCGCCGUGGCUUCCGAGAGAAGACCAGUGGCGGUCCCCCAGGCCAGCCCUCGCAGCAGCAGUCCGGCAGGAGCGGCAGCGGGCGUCGCGGUGGCGGCGGCGGCGCUGGCAAGGAUGGCCAGGGAGGCCGCGGUGGCGACAGAGGCGGCGACCGGGGCGGCGACAAGCGCCGCGAGGGCGGCAACGCCGGUGGCGACAGGGGCGGCUCGGGGCGCGCGGGCGGCAACGGCCCGCAGACCAACGGGCGCACUGGCGGCCCUCGCGCCGGCCAGGGUCAGGGCCAGGGCGCCGGCAAGAUGACUCAAGGCCAGAACACGGUGGCGGUGAACCGCGUGGACGAGGUGAAAGUGAACGACCCGGCACUGGUGUCGCAGGCCAUCACAGACCUCUCCAAGAAGGACAAGAACAACCUCGAGGGCAUUGAUCUCAACAACUUUGCAAGUGUGGUGGUAGUUGAUGACCAUCCAGAGGUGGCAGUCGAAGAAGACACUUCACUUUUUGAUGCAGACAAUGGCUUCCAAGAGGUCCGCAACAAGAAGACAACUAAAGAUGUCAAGAAAGAAGAACCGGCCCCUAAGGGAGGACGAGGCAAAUCCCAGGGCCAGCCUUCCCAGUCGGCUUCGAGUCAACCCCAACCCGGCCAGCAGCCAACUCAGCAACCCCAACCCUUGAUGGCCAUCAACGCCCAGCCGCCUUCCAAGCAGGGUUUCGAGCGGUCAAGGCCAUGUAAACUUCCUCCGCGCCUGGCCAAGGCGCGCGAGAACAACCGCCUGCAGAAGCAGCAGGCUGCAGCGGCCCAGCAGCAUGACGUUAGUGAGAUGAACAAAGUCAACCAGAACAUCAGCAUGUACCCUCUGAAAGAUUCUUCAGGCCCUGCUCCUCCCCCACCUGUCAAUGCAUGGGACAAGCCCAUCAAUGCCAGCCUGAGGCCAAGCUCUCCUGGAACUACCAACAUUUCCACUGGACUACAGCUGAGUGCCACUAUAACAGACAAUUGCAACCUUGAUGGGGCGGGAUCUGGAGGAUCCAGCCAGCGUAGCAGUCCUGCCGUCGACAAGUUAGGCCGAGAAGCCCGAGAGAGUCGAGAUGCCAGGGAUGUCCAUGACCAAGCAGGUUCUGUGGCAGCUAAAGAUGCUGUGCUUGACGGUGCGUCUCCACCCGUACAAACAAUUAUAUUCGAAAACACAAAUUACAAACAAGCUCCAAGUGCGACAAGUAAAUUUCCAAGUCACCCUAAAGGUGGCUCUAGGAUAGACAAACCAAGAGAUUUGGAUUCAAGCUCACCACAUGCCCACCAGCACCCUCACCCGUCAAACUUAGGAUUUGACAUGAAAUCUGAUGCCAUGGAUACUGGUGACAUGAAGCUUGACUUCACAUUUGAAUGCCCUGAUCUUGAUGACAAAGGAGUUAAAAGUAUGGGCUUACCUCGCACCAUGCAUUCCACUUUACCAUCCACUGCCGAUUUGAACUUUAAAAUUGCGGCAGUGAAGAAAGUGUGGGAAACAAUGCCAACUGGUCAAACCCAUAGUGAUGAAAGCCAAGGCUAUGCACCUCCAUUCACCUCAGAAGCUGGAUUGGAUGCGGCAGCAUUUAGGAAGGCUGUGGAAUCUCCUCAAAUGCAGAUGGAUGAGAACUCUGAGGUGGUGUAUUCACCAGGUCCUCAGAUGCAACCCAAUCCGAACAGUUAUGGAGUAUCGGGUGUCACAGGAGUGUCAGCAGUCCCGGGAAAUUCCGCAUCUCCCAAUGUCUGCAAAGUAAAGCCUCAGCCAUCUGUCAUGCCUCCAGGACCUCAGCUUUCGCCACCUCCACCAUUCAACUCACAGCCUACCAGUCACAUCGCAAACUUCCAGUCAUUUCUCUCAAUGCAGCCCAAUAUGAGCAGUUCGGCUGCUCAGUUUGGUGGCAUCUCAGCAAUUCCAUCUCCACCCACGGUGCUCUACAACUCUUCGCAAGCGGGCAUCUACCAGACCUUCUUAGGAGAUGCUCCCGUUCUUGGAGGACAGCCCUUGGGCGGACAGCCCCUUGGUGGACAGCCUCUUGGUGGGCAGCCCUUGGGCGGACAGGCACUGGGUGGGCAGCCUCUUGGUGGGCAGCCCUUGGGUGGGCAGACCCUGGGAGGCCAACCUCUCGGUGGGCAGCCUUUAGGUGGACAGCCACUUGGUGGUCAGCCACUUGGCGGGCAGCCUUUGGGUGGGCAGCCUCUUGGUGGACAACCGCUUGGCGGGCAGCUAGGCGGUCAGGCCCGGUCUCAGUUCACUCAGUUCCCGCCGUACCAACUGUCUCAGGGAUUGACGGGUUCAACCUUCAACCAGCAGUCUGUGUAUGUGCACCAGAGUGCGCCCCCACCUCAUCCACCCAAUGCUGGCCCAGAUCUUUAUCAACCGAUGUCACAGUAUCGCAUCCAGCCUCCAACUGGUCCCUUUGGGCAGUCACAACAACUUAACUCAAACCCCAGCACAGUCCUUAUCUCUUCGUCAUCAAAUUCUCUGAUGUCAGCUAGUGUGAAACCAUCAUCACAUUCAGGCCAAAUCGGUGCCAUUGGAACCAAGGGGGGUGCACCCAGUCCUUAUCAGACCUCGGCACCUCAAUCUCAAUUAUUUAUUCCCUAUGAUCCAAACCAAGUCUUGAGUGUGAACCAAAACUACCUGUCAAACUCGCCUCUUGUUCAGAGGGCAGCUCCAGUUCAAAAUAUGCAGUCCUCCAGCUAUUACUCAACAUCAGCUGGUGGCCAGGCUGGUUUUUACCAAACUGGAUCCUCUCUUCAGGCAGCCCCUGCAGCUCCUCAGCUGCAUCAAACUGCCACACCCUUUGGCCUGCAGAACUUCAGUUCCCAUGCGCCGUUUUUGUCCUCAAACUUGCAAAUAGCUGCAGCAGUUCAACAACAGCAGCAGCAGUACCGCAACUCUCAGCCAAGUUAUCUGAAGGGAGGAUUGGGCCAGUCUCAACCUCCUCCACCAUCAUCACCAUCUUCUCAACAACCUGACCUACUGCCAUCGGUUUUUUCCUCAGGGUCCCAAAUCCCAUCCCCUAAGUCACGUGACUCGAAGAAAUCUCAGUCAGGACCGCAGGGUGGGCAAGGCGCACAGAACCAGCACAGCCCCACACCUCAGCACCAGGGGGACCCACGUUCUGGACCUGGGGGUCCAGGACCCUCAGGACAGGGGCAACCUGGACAGGGACACAACAAGUACUCAUCGUACCAGAUGUCUCAACAAUCACAUGGCUAUGGAAAUUUUUUCCAGAUGCUGCAACAGCGAGGCAAUCAGAUGAAUAUGGGGCCUCGAGGCAACAUGGGCCAAUCUGGCCAGUCCAGAUAUCCAGCUCCAAUUCAGCGACCCAAUUCUUACAACCAGAGCAGUAUGUCCUCUGGAGGUAACAUGAACAUGAACAGGCAUCGCACUCCUGCGCACAACACUUCACGGCCACCGCCUUCUGUAGGCAAGCAGAACUACUACGGAUCUUCUCAAGGUGGACCUGUGAAGAUGGAGAGCUCAGGAAACAAUGAAGCCAAACCUGAGAACAGCACACCUGAGCACAAAGAUUCGUCCUCAAGUCCAACCAGCAGCACUACCGAAAGUAGUGCACCAGCGGAAACGGCGAAAGAUGAAGCCCCUGCUCCUAGUGCUGAAUAGUGUACCCCUCUCUUUUCCCCUCUCCGGUCUGGAUGUUUUCCAUGAACUUUAAACCUCAAAGUGGGAGAACUUAGUCAAAAAUUAAAUGGCUGCUAUGCCUAUUCUUGAAGUCUUCUUGAAUUCAAAGUGGUGAAAGCCAGAGAUUGGCCAAGGUUUUUAGGUGUCGUAUUUAGAGUGGUACGUGGGAUCGUUGUAAUGUUUAGAGUUAACAAUGAAGCAAGCAAUCCAUUAACCUCUCAUGAACGCUCUGUGGAUGCUCUCCAGACACUUUGAACACAGAAAUGUCCCGUUCGCGCUGGUCAUUAAGUGUGUUUUUUUUUGUGUGUUCUGCAUUUUCUGAACACUACUUAUAUUCUUUACCGGAAGUUCCUUUUGCUUUGAAGGAAGCUCUGCACUGAGCACAUUUUGAGCAUGCAAGGAAGGUUUAGAAUGUGGUGUGACAACUUAUGACCAUAGGUUGUCAGUGAUCAGAGCACGGCGAGACGUGAUGCCCUCUGUUCUUGAAGCAAAUUUGCACAGUAUUCAAUGCAAUUGCCCAUCCCUCAGUUUGCCAGGCACUAGUUGAUGUGGCAGUGUAUUCAACACACUUAGAAUAAAGUGUAACGAAUAGUGUAAGGUGACUUUCUUUUUAUGUUACGGAACUGAAAGCAAGUAUGGACUCUCAAAUAUUAGAGCUUGCAAGCUGGAUUGCUACGAGACUGAGGGCUGAAGGUGAAGACUGAAGCUCUGUCAGAUUCAGGUGUUAUUUUUGAUUUGGGUAACAGCAGAAGCAUCUUUGACUGCAUUGCACAUGUUUGUUUGAACUGCAGAAAAUCAAAGUGUGGAGCUUCUACCGCAUAAAUAUCACUGUUUGUGGCCUGACCAACGUCAAAAGAGUUAAACUGCCACCUGUUAAGCAAGUAGCUAAUGAGAGCCCCUAUUAUGAUCGUGAUUUAUGAUGUUUUUAUUGCUUAUUCCUGUACUGAUCACUAUUUGAAAUUUGUCUUAUUUAUCAGUGUUGUCAAGGGUUGAAAUAAAUUGUGCAAUAGUCCCAUGAAUGUACUCCUUUCAGUGGUUUCAGGGCUGUUGGUUACAUACAUAGUUAUGUACUUUGCUGCUUCUUAUUUGUGGCAUUUAAUUUAUACAGCCCUGUCUCUACGUCUGUGGUAAUUACAUUCCAGAUUGGGUCUUUUCAAUUGUAACUUUUUAUCAAAUUUGGUGGAUUUUGUGUAAAGAUGUUGCUUUUUCUACCUUUUGCCAAUGUACAUUUUAUCCACCUGGAAAGUGAGCAAUUAGUACAAGAAAAAAUGUGUUUGUAAGAUAGUGCCCACAAUUAUGUGAUUGUGGGGUCAAUGAACUUUUUUUAUUUGAGGCGCAUUGCCUGACUGGAGUCAUGAGUGACAGGGCCCACAAGGUCCUUCACCAUCUUCAUCAAUUUUACAUGUCAACCAGUCAAAGGGGAUUUGGCCUCCUUUGAAAAUCUAGAUACUGCCUUUUUAAAAUGAAUAAACUAUUAUAUGAUGUGAAAGUCUAA